AUGUUCUCUAAAGUUUCCAUUCUUCUCUUUUCCCUCGCAUCCCUACUCUUGUUCCGAUCAACCACAGGCAUCGAAUUCAUCUACAACUCCAAUUUCACCACAACCAACACACUUCUCCUCGGCAACGCCACUGUUAAAUCUCCACCGUCGAUCCUCACCCUCACCAACCAAACCACUUUCUCCAUCGGACGUGGCCUCUACCCUUCAAGAAUCAACGCCUCCUCCUCCUCUGCCUCGCCGUUACCUUUCGCCACAUCAUUCAUCUUCUCCAUGGCUCCUUUUAAACACCUCUCUCCUGGCCACGGCUUCGCCUUCGUCUUCCUUCCUUUCUCCGAAACCUCCGCCGCAAGCUCAUCUCAGCAUCUCGGCCUCUUCAACUUCACCAAUAACGGUGACCCCAAUAGCCGAAUCUUCGCCGUUGAAUUCGAUGUUUUCGCUAACCAAGAGUUCAACGACAUCAACGACAACCACGUCGGCGUCGACGUCAAUUCUCUCACUUCCGUUGCAUCUGAAACUGCAGGUUUCUAUGGAGGCAGAGACGGCCAGAGAUUCACGGAGCUGAAGCUUAACAGUGGCGAGAAUUAUCAGGCGUGGAUCGAGUUUAAUGGGUCAGCGAUCAAUGUCACGAUGGCUAGAGCUAGCUCUAGAAAGCCCAUAAGACCACUCAUAAGCAUUCCAUUAAAUCUCACUGGAGUCUUACUUGAUGAUAUGUUCGUUGGAUUCACUGCCUCCACAGGACAACUAGUGCAGAGCCAUAGGAUUCUCUCAUGGAGUUUUAGUAACUCCAAUUUCUCCAUUGGUGAUGCUUUGAUCACUAGGAAUCUACCUUCGUUUAAAUUGUCAGGUGACUCUGUUUUGAAGUCUAAAGGCUUCAUUGCUGGGGUCUCUAGUGGUGUUGUGUUGUUAGUCUCUGUUAUUGGGCUCCUCUGUUUCUACGUUGUAAGGCGUCGAAGGCAGAGACUAGAAGGAGACGUGGAAGAUUGGGAAACAGAGUAUUGGCCUCACAGAGUGCAAUACAAAGAUGUUUUGGAAGCAACAAAAGGGUUUUCCGAUGAGAACAUGAUCGGAUACGGAGGGAAUUCUAAAGUGUACAGGGGAGUGUUGGAAGGUAAAGAAGUUGCGGUUAAGAGAAUAAUGAUGAGUCCUCGAGAGAGCGUUGGCGCGACGAGUGAGUUCUUAGCUGAGGUCUCGAGCUUAGGGAGGUUGAGACACAAGAAUAUAGUUGGACUAAAAGGUUGGUCUAAGAAAGGAGGAGAGAGUCUGAUAUUGAUUUACGAGUAUAUGGAGAAUGGAAGUGUCGAUAAGCGGAUAUUUGAUUGUAACGAGAUGUUGAAUUGGGAGGAAAGAAUGAGAGUGAUAAGAGACCUAGCCUCAGGGAUGUUGUAUCUACACGAAGGGUGGGAGACAAAGGUGUUACAUAGAGAUAUAAAGUCAAGCAAUGUGUUGCUUGACAAGGAUAUGAACGCGAGGGUAGGUGAUUUUGGGUUGGCUAAGUUGCAGAACACUAGUAAAGAGAUGGUUAGCACGACACAUGUUGUUGGAACAGCGGGUUAUAUGGCGCCUGAGUUGGUUAAGACAGGGAGAGCAUCAGCGCAAACCGAUGUGUAUAGCUUUGGAGUGUUUGUGUUGGAGGUAGUGUGUGGAAGGAGGCCAAUAGAGGAAGGAAGAGAAGGGAUAGUGGAAUGGAUAUGGGGACUAAUGGAGAAAGACAAAGUGGUUGAUGGUUUAGACGAGAGAAUAAAGGCGAAUGGAGUGUUCGUGGUCGAGGAAGUGGAGAUGGCUCUGAGAAUAGGACUGUUGUGUGUGCAUCCUGAUCCGAGAGUGCGUCCGAAGAUGAGACAAGUGGUGCAGAUAUUGGAACAAGGGAGAUUAGUGGAGGAUGGUGGUGAAAGGGAAAUAAGCUUGUUGGAGAGAGUGAAGAGCUCUUACUUGUUGGAAACUGGUGAGGGAAGCAGACAACAACAUCCCACGUUCCAAGAUGUAUGGAAUUCGUCUUCUUAUUCUAAUUCCUUCCAAACUUAUGAUUCUAUUCUUCAUGGAAGGUGA